AUGGGUCUUGAACGACGGCGCCUGGCUGUUGGGGUCUUGAUCUUGGCUUCUGCUGGCCUUACCUUUACUGGCCUGGCCGUGGACCGCGAAAACUCUCUGAAGGUCACUGUCAGGAACCCACCUCCGAAGUCAGCGCGUGGUGCUGGCUUCAGCCCAAUGCCGAUGCCCGCAAAUCUGACUCUCAGAGAGAAGGUCGAGUUCCGAUUAUGGACGGCCUGGCAUGCCAUGGGAAACCCGCGGCCCCGAUCCAAGGAGGUGAAGGAAUGCAUCGCUUUCUUCCGUGCGUGCCAGCGUCAGCUGGGGCACAAGAAGCUUCUCGUGGAUGCUGCUGGAGGGCAUGGUGGCAUCGCCUGCGUUUUCCGCGCAUUCGGAAGAGCUGAUCGAGCCAUCGUCGUGGAUCUGUACCAGCCGACGAGCUUUGAGAACUUGCGUUCAGCAUGGGCUGGGCCCGAUGUUGCCCCGGAUGCUUCGGUGAAGUACCACAUUGCCGACGUUUCGAGUACCGGCUGGUUGGCAUCUCUCCUGGACGCGGAAGCAAGGGACCUCGAGCCAAGUGAGGUGGGUCUGGUUUCCUGCCACGCAUGUAGCUUGUUGUCGGACGAGCUAAUUCGCGAAUGCACCCAAAGUAAGGUGGAUUUCGCUCUUAUGCCAUGCUGCCAUGGUGAAGAUAGUCGCAAAGGCAGGAUGAUGUUGAACACCGCGAAGAUGCUCGGGAUAUCGCACGAGAUGCUCAUUGAUAUAUCCCGCCUUGGGGUGAUUGAAGCAAGCCCUGGGUAUAAGGGAGGCAUGAGGAGCAUUGAUUCCAGCAUCAGCCCACAGAAUCGGAUACUUCUAGGCCUGCGGGAGUCAGAAGCAGAUGCCGAGAAGCGCGAGCAAGCGCGCUUGGCAUCGCUACACCGCUUAGCCAGGAAGUACCGCCACAUCGGCGUCCCUCUCGGAAAAAACAAGAGAUACAUCGAGCUUUGCAGUGCUGAGUGCCCAGAAGCUCUCCAGUUCUCCAAACCUAAGCCCAGCCUGCAAGGGGCCGUGACUUGCUGUUGGCUUGCAGCCAUUCGCCAUGUGAUGGAACUAGAAGGAUGCCCCGCCCCAUCACGUGCGCUGCCAUGCGUGUAG